UUGCAGCUGUGUUUGGUACAAAAUGGCUGUCUCAUUGUCGCCGGCUGGACACGCACAAGUCACUUAUCUAUUUCAUAUAUACAUGUAAUCAAUUUAUUUGAGACGUGACAUCCUUGAUAAUACCAUGAAACCACAUGCUGCUAUCGACAAACAAUUUCCUGUCUUAAAUGUAGAUUAUACCGGGAAUUGGUUAUCUGACCCAAUAAUAUCCAAUAUCUACAUGUAUACAUCCACAAUAAAAUGCGUUCCAUUUGACUAAUCAAUCAUACUUGUACAUGUGACCAUUUGAUGCAACCGUCCCGUAUCCAUCUUUGGAGCUCGGAGCAGACGUCAAAACAAGAUGGCCGUCAUAUAUCCAAGGGGAAUCAUGUUGCUAGUCUCCCUCAGCGUUACCCUCUUACUGGUCGGGAUAGCUGGGGCAGAAUAUACAAACAAGAUAUAUAUUGACGAGAACUGCAAUGGCGUUGUGACGACCGAUGGCCACCUCGCCGGAGAGAUUCUCCUUACCAGAGGCAAAGGUUGUGCUUCCGCGAAGUGUCAAUGCUCAUUUAGACUUACUGCUAGUGAUCCAAGCAAAAGGUUAAAGGUCAGGUUCACGCAGCUCGACCUUGGAGAAGAAUCAAAUGAACAGCGUCUUGGAACAAUAAAAAUAUAUUCAGUGAAUGAUGAAAAAAAAGUUGACAAGACUGCCGCGAUGUCCACAGACCCAGAGGUCCGUGGCUCAGAGGUAGAAGCGGACAUGAAUGUUCUAUUUUUCGAUGUUAACCUCGGAACCUAUUCGACUCCGAAGAUAUCGAUGUACUAUACAGUUUUCCAUGAAGAAAACUGUGCAAAGGAUGAGUUUUUGUGUGGCAACUACCAAUGUGUGUCAAAAAGCCUAAAAUGUGAUGGGUAUGAUAACUGCGGUGAUAAGUCGGAUGAGAAGAAGGAGACUGCGUCGUGCGUCAGUGGAGCCAUUGGUGUGACUUCAUCACCAGGUCAACUUUCUGUGAUCACCCUAGCCGCCAUCUUGUUAUUGAAGCUAUUUUUGUAAGCACGAAAUCGUAAAGGCAUUGUAGAAGUAAAAAAAUUCCCUUCUUGAACCUGUAUCACCAAUGGUGCCCAGAAACGAGCUCUUCCAUUUCAGCAGGAACCAUGACAUUGGGUGUGUAACAUAUUUGUCAAAUUCUCCAGACGAUACAUGUGGAUGCGCCUCAUAGCCCAUCCAGUGUGAGGCGCCAUGUGAGAAUUUUAUCAUUAUUAUGGUUUGAAACUAGGAAAUUAUUUCAAAUAAUUUAGGGAAAUGAUUAAAUUCCCUCAUCGCGCCUCAUAAUCCAGUGGCUAACACUGCUGGCUACCACGGAAAGGCCCGGGCAGAACCCAGGUUGUAAUUCAAGAAACUAAACUCUCAUAUAUGGCGAUAGCCAUUGCCUGAUUCCAUGUUGUAAAUGUAGCCUUUAUAUUGGUUGUGAUUCAUUAUCGGAUGUCUGGUUGGUAAUAAACUAGAAUUUUCUAUAUAUAUAAUUGUCAUUGUUUUUUUUAUUAGUUCGAUUUUGUAUCCGGCUUCAAUCAGGAAUCGGAAAAUGUUGGUAUCAAUAUCUUCUAAAAUGCUCGACGUGUCUAUUGGUACGUUGGCAUUUCCACGCCAAUGGAUCGACCUUGGCUUAAAUAUUUCAUUUCAAUUGUGACACUCCUUUUCAAAACCACUUGUUGCAGAGCAGAAUCAUACUUGUUCGGCACAGAUAGCACGGCCAUGAUCACAUACGGGGUUUGACUGGUCAAAACAUGUCACCUGACGGGAAGUCCCACAUGAUUUCUGCUUGCGAAAAGUGGCGAAUUAACCUAUAGUAUCGUGAAACCACUUGUCGUAGACGAACUCCUUUCGAAUUUAUUUGUGGCUCAGGAAAAUAGAUAUACAGUUGUACACAAUGCCGUAGUGCAGUUAUCAUGCAUGCAAAUUAGCUGAAACUUGGUAUUAUCAUCUAUAGGCUUUGUAUAUCUGUAUACACAACGUCCAUGGUGAAAUUUAUAUUCAGUAAAGUUGCACAAUUAGAAAUUUUCAAAUUCAUCAAUUCAUACAUUUUUAAUAUUUUAGACAA